AUGUGGAGUAACAAGUCAAAUGAGGCGCCUCUACAAAAUCCGAGGCACAACCAAAACAAAGAUUCUACCAGAGAUCUGACUGCAGCAUGGGCUCCUUUCUCUCAGACUAAGGCUGCUCUACGUCAUAUAGAGAACAAACUGGAAGUAGGUCCCACCAGCACGGCUGUGUUCGAUUCCGUCAUGGAUGCCAGGAAGCCCUCUGCUAGCACGAGCAGGAAAAUAAGCAGAAAGGAUAGGUCCAUAGAGGAUUCUUUGGUUUCUGCUUCAGCUUCCCGGUCUUCCAGCCAAAAUAAAUCAAGCAAGGAGAAGUCCUCACGCAGCCCACUUCGAGCAACCACUCUUGAAAGCAAUGUGACAAAAAGCAGUCGGGUGGAAUUUCGUGAACCAUUGGCUUCGUACAGGCAUACAUACAAUUCUCUGUCUUACCACAGUUCUAGCCAGCUUGAGGGCAAGCAGCUGCUCUCUGGUUUGGACCUGAGCGAAGCAGAAGGGAAGAAUGAAAUAACAGGCGGGAUGAUACACGACCGAGAGGAGCGGGACGUACGCAGCAGAGAUUUUGAAAGCCGGUUUUCCUCAGCUGCAGAUGAGACUGUCGUGAGGUAUUUGAAUGACCGGCCAGCAAUUGAUGCUUUGCAGAAUAACGAUGCAUUUCUUAAGGCUGCAGCACGUCCAAGAUUGGAAGAGGAAAGAACUAGUGGCUCCCGAGGAGAGGAGAAUAGCACUAAAAUUCCUCAGAGUAACACCUCUCAGAACGGUGAACUGAAGGUGUCUUCCCCCUCUGCUGCAAAUACUUCUAGUGUUCACAGGCUGGACAUCUUGAAAGGGCGGCAGCGCGAUGCCAAGUUGGAGAAGCUGAAGGAGCGGAUUCGGAAGCAGUGGGAGCAUUCUGAAGAGCUCGGUGGCAGAGGGCAGCCCCUGAGCUAUGCUGAGCAACCUGUCGUGAUCACAGAUGUGGAGAGCGCUGUGACUCCCAAAGUCAGGAAAGUGGCGGGGGCGGCCGCCGCUCCCUCCCACCGAGGUUUCAGUUGUCCUGAAACAAAGAUUCGCGCUCCAGAUGGAAAGAUCUGGCGCGAGGAAGAUUUUCGCGUUAGUCGGGAGCGGUACAGAGAUUUAGCACUUCAGUUAACAGAGGAUACAACAGUGAAAGGAAAACCCAGUGAGAGGAACAAAGAGAAAAAAGCAGCCAGACUGGUGCGGAAAGUGCGAAAACUGACACGGCUGUCAGGUACAGAGCCCAAAGCAGGUGGAAACUAUGAAAUAAGUGCAUCCUCCUGGCGGGAGGGACAAAAGCUCGUAACGAAGAUACUGGGUCCAGCUCCCAGAAUAGAACAGGACAGAAGAGCUGUGUCUAGUGACAGAGCAGGACGAGAGGGAGCUGCCAAAUCUGCAGGCUGUAUUGGAAGGACAGGUUCAGAUUCUAGACUGGAUGUUACCCAUAAAACCUCUUCAAGAAGUUUUGAAAGAUCAAGAAGUAAAGUACGGUCUGAGAGUAAUCUGAAGAAACUGGAAGCUGCUCUUCCAGAUGAUAACCAGGAAGAUCAUGCCUCUGUAAAUAAGGACUUCUUGCCUGUGGAGAUACGUGGAAUUCUUGAUGACCUGCAGUUGGAUUCCAUGAGUACAACGCAAGAGAAAGAUGUGGAAAAGCAGAAUCAGAAAUCUGUUUUACCUGCUCAAAAUGCCAGGAGCCACAGUCCAACCAAAAGGAAACCGGACAAAAUAGGUGCCAGUGAGGAGCCUCAGGUGAUCUCUAAGAAACGUCACUAUGAUGUAGAUGAGGUUCGUCAGUACAUCAUCAGGCAGCAAGAGGAGAGGAAGAAGAAGCAGAAUGAAGAGAAGAAGGCACAAAAAGAGGCAACAGAACAGAAGAACAAAAGACUCCAAGAGCUCUACAGAAAGCAGAAGGAGGCUUUUACUAAAGUGAAGAAUGUGCCUGCUCCUGAGCCUUCAGCAGCCAGACAGUUGCAGGAAACCUACUCUAAACUACUGCUGGAACGGACGCUUUUAGAAGAGCCACCUCAGCUGCCUACGGUGCAGGAAACACAGCCCAGACCUGGCUAUCAACCAUCUGGGGAAUCCGACAAAGAAAACAAGGCUCAAGAGCGUCCUCCUAGUGCAUCUUCAAGCAGUGACAUGUCGCUUUCAGAACCACAGCAGCCCCUACUGAGGGGUGAUUUGAUGGAGCCUCCAUGGGUACAGCCAGACAGAUUGAGCCCAAGAGUCCAGCUGUCUCACCCUCAAGCUCUUACGGGUUCAAGUGGAGGCCCUUGCUCCCAGCACUGGAGCCUGGAGCAGAUGGAGCUUCUGUCGAAGGAGUGUGACGCGAUGUUGGCGGGCAGGAGGAACCAUGCUGCACCCGUGGGAUCGCUGACCUUGAUGCCUCAGCCGUACCUGAAUUCACCCACACAGCAAAAUCUGUUAGUAAAACCCUCUGCUAACCAGUAUAAGAGCAAAUUAGAUCGGAUCGAAGCUUUGAAAGCUACUGCUGCUUCCCUUUCUAGUAGGAUUGAAAGCGAAGCCAAAAGGUUGGCCGGGGCUGGUAUCAAUUACGGUACCGUGUGGAACUCGAACCAUGAAUUUAUGCAAGAAAACCAGGAUGAUGGGCGGUGGGCAAAGGCUGUGAGUCCUCCUGUGAGAGAGGAAAAUGAAGAUGCUUUUUCGGCCAGAAUUCACAAGAUGUUGGGCACGCGUGUGUCUCAUACAGCCUUUGACGACGACCUGCCUGGGGUUGGCAACCUGAGUGAGUUUAAGAAGCUCCCUGAAGUGAUCAGGCCUGCAGUGAGCCUUGGGGUGAGGUCCCCUGCUGCUAACAGGCAUGAGGGGGUGCUGGGACAUUUAUCCCAGAGACAGACGGACUCCCCGGGGCGUGAAAGCCAGGCUUAUGCUCCCAAAAAAGCUGUAACUCCUCAAGAGUCCAGCAUUGACUCCAUCAGCGAAGGGCCUCUCCCGAGUGACGGAAGCCUCUCGGAAGAGGAGGGAGACCAGCACAAACAGUUGCCGCUGAAGAUGCUGGAGACGUUGAAAGAGAAAGAUUUCUGCAUUCGGGAGAGGAAUGCUUUUGAGACCAUAAAAGAGUUUCAGAAGGAAGCUGAGAAAUACUCGCCACUUUUCACUCCAAGUAGCACACACAGCAAGGGACCUUGGGAGGAACUGGCAAAGGGAAGUCCCCACAGUGUCAUCAACAUCUUCGCAAAACGUUACCAGCUUCAUGGAAAAGUGUUUGAAGAAAGGUCGAACGGAGGUUCUCCCCUCCUGCGCCCUUUACUCGCUGCCAUGAGCCCUCCAGAGAGCGUGGUUUCCUACGGAGAUGAUUUUGCUUCGUCGCAGGGGAGUGGCACUUCAACAGACAAAAAGAUUGUGCAUGAACUCAGCAGUAACUCAAGCGUUCAGGAGGAAGUUCCUAGCAGGAAAUCUCCCCAUGAACCUCGAUCCGUAGAAGUUGCUUCUCAGCAUUCCUCCGGACCACGCUCCGCGGCAUCGUCUCGCUCGUCGGCUUCCUCUAAAAAGAGAGCGAAAAAGGAACGUAAGUGGUUGGACUCUUUCAGUGGAAGUUCUCGCCACUUCCCUGUGGAAGAAGAAAAAAUGCUCUCUGAGUUGGAAAGGGGAUCCCAACAGACAAAAAAGUCCUUAUCAAGUAGCAGAAUUUCUAGUAAAGAUCACGAGCAGAGCCCAGAUACAGACAGCACGUUAGAAAAUUUGUCUGGACACUCCCUCAUGAGUUUCUCAGACAAGGGAAGAUCCCAGAAGACACCGACUUCUUCCCCAUCUCCCGGUUCCCAGAAAAUGUUACAGUUUGAUUCUUUAGGCAAUACAGCAGAAAGAGUCAAGUCACCUGCUGGCUUGUCGGGAAGUACAGCCUCAGGGCUGAAGCCUAACGUAGCCUUUCCUGACUUGAGUCUGGGAACUAGCAGAUCUAUAGCAGGAGCAGCCCCAGCGAGUGGAUGUAUGCGCUUUUCCCCUGCCGGUCUUCAGCAUCGCUUAUCGGCAGAGUUGAACUACCUUAGUGCUAUUGAGGAAUCUGUGCGACAGCUUUCGGAUGUCGAGCGGAUACGAGGCAUAUCGCUUGCCCAGCAAGAGAGCGUUUCUUUGGCUCAGAUUCUAAAGGCACAGCAGCAGCGCCAUGAACGUGACUUAGCUCUUUUGAAAAUAAAGGCUGAACAAGAAGCUUUAGAAAGUCAGAGACAUCUGGACGAGGCAAGGCAGAAGGCAGCUCAGGUCCACGCGGAGCCGCUGCAGCAUCUGGUCCAGUCGCGCCAGGAGGCCGCACAAGAGACCCCGUGCAAGGCUGCGGCCAAGCAGGCAGAGGCUGCCCUGCUCACUACAGAUGCAGCUCACCAGCUCCGUGAGGUGACAGAGUUAGCACGAACCCCGAUCGCGGACGCUGUCAGCGCUCCAGCUGCUCCAGUCACCAGCUUGUUUGACCACCAGAGGCAGCACCAUUCCGAGUUCAUGAAGCAACUGAGGGCUCGAACUGAUACAAACAGGAAAUGUGAGUCUGGUGCCAUAUCACAAGGUACAGAGGAGAUGGGUGACUCAAAGCAGACGUACUCACCGAUGUUUGAUAGUUAUUCAGAGUCCUCGAGAUCAAAGGUUCAUGAUCAGAGGUAAGAAGAGAAGAACAGCCGCCAAGAGAGUCCUUCGGUUCCAUCUUCUAAGCUUUCCCGUCGCGAAAAGAUAACGAGCAGUAUUGAAGAGCAGGCUCCUGCUGCUGCGGAUGAUUCCUUGCCGAGCGACAGUGUUUUAUCACUGCCAGAUGAAAAAGAUUCUGCUUCUGUUGCAACAGAGUAUUCCCUGAAAUUUGGUGAGUCUAUGACAGAGGAUGAGAUUGAGGAAAAGUCUUUCCGGUCCUUGCUGCCCUCCGAGAGUCAUCGCAGAAAUAACUUGGAGAAGAAACGGGGUAAUCGUGAUGAUUCUGAUGAGGAAGUCUCCCCAGAAAAACCAGCUCUAUCAUCUAUCAAGGACCUGAGCAUGCCAUUCUCAGGGGGGCAAGAUAGCUUCUCUAAAUUUACCAUGGAGAUGGUGAGACAGUACAUGAAAGAGGAGGAAAUGCGAGCAGCUCAUCAGUCCUCACUACUUCGGCUCCGGGAGAAGGCUCUGAAAGAGAAGGCCAAGGCUGAAUUAGCUUGGCUGGAACACCAGAAGAAGCGUUUGCGAGACAAGGGAGAGGAUGAUAAGAUGCCUCCUAUUCGAAAGAGGCAGCGUAGUCUGUUGCUGAGACUGCAGCAGGAAAAGGCAGAAAUUAAGCGUCUUCAAGAGGCUAACAAGACUGCUCGGAAGGAGAGACAGCUGAUCCUCAAACAGCAGGCAGAAAUAGAACGAAUACGUCAGACCACAAUAAAACUGCAGGAAAAACUGAAGUCUGCAGGAGAGAACAAGCUGGACCUUCAGAGUGAGGAUGACAUCAAGCAGAGCAAUGGUUCUAGCCCACUUCCAACUGACGCAGAAACACGGAGCCCUUCCCCAAUCUCCAUCUCCAGCAGUGAGACUAGUAGCAUUAUGCAGAAACUUAAAAAAAUGCGCAGCAGAAUGGAUGAAAAGUUCCUAACUAAGCGAGAACAGAAGCUGAUGCAGCGUCGACAACACGCUGAAGAAUUGUUGGAGUGGAAACGCCGCCUGGAUGCAGAGGAAGCAGAAAUACGACGGAUAGAAAAGCAGGCUCUAGCUGCCUGGGACAAAGAGCUGCUCAAAACCAAAACAGCCAAGAAAGACCUGGGGGAUCAGAGGACUGAGCCCAAAGAAACAGCUAGUGAAGAAGAGUCUCCGGUGCGUUCUUGCUCUCACGUGAACAGCGAAAGCUCUAUCCCAGAAGAUCUUGGCAGUCUACCUGCUGAGUCUGUCCCGUCAGAAACUGUGGGCCGUGGACAGCCAGAAAGCCCAGAUCAGAGUACAGCUAACGAAGAAAUGGUUUACUCGGAAGAGUUCAAGUCUUCUACCUCACCUGGCAAACUUUCUCCUCCCAAAAGCAGCAUAUCUGUAUCAAAGCAAGAUUCCAGCCGAGGCAGCCAUAGAAGUGGAGGACAGCUGCGUUCACCUGUGAAGUCUCAUCAGAUAUCUCGCAACUGGUCUGAUGAAUCUUUGUCUGUGACACAGUCAGAAACCACAUCUGAUCAAAGUGACAUUGAAGGACGGAUCAGAGCCCUGAAGGAUGAAUUACGGAAAAGAAAGUCUGUGGUGUACCAGCUGAAAAAGGAACAGAAAAAGAGACAGAAGGAGAGACUGAAGGCCCAGGAAGCCAGUUUGAUCAAACAACUAGAGUCGUAUGACGAGUUUAUCAAGAAGACUGAGGCAGAGCUGAGCCAGGAUCUGGAGGCAUCACCAACAGCCAAACCUCAGAUUAAAACUCCAUCCUCAGCUGCUGCUGAAAAACCGAAGAUCAAGGCACCACCGCUCCAUAGGCCUGAGACGGCUAAAAACUGGAAAUCACUGGCAGAAUCGGAGCGAUCCAGAGCAUCUUUGGAAUCCAUUGCAGAGCAUGCAGAUGCAGUGUCAUCAAGAACUGAAAGAUCCGUGUCUGUGCACACCAAGAAGGUGGCUGUGACAAACGUUAGUGCAGAAGAACCUUCUGGCACAUCUUCCUCUGUCUUAAUGUCACCAAGAAGUUUCAGAGCAGGAUCCGAUGAUUCCUUAGAUAACGUCCCCUCAUCCUCUCUUCUCAAAAACGUGGAAGACACUGGCAGGAUAACCCAUGGGUCAAUGAACAAUGUGGUAAAAGUGUCCAGUGAUGAGGCUGAGAUAGAAGAAGACUUGGAAUACAUGAAGUCAGAGGAGUAUGAGAUUGAAGAUUCUCGUGUUAAGCCUUUGGAGAGUUCUGAUGUCUUGUUGACACUAGAUAAAGAACAGGAGAGCUCACUGGACAUCCUUCCAAAGAAAGUCCUCCAUUCUGAACAUGAACACUCUUCUCAGAAAGACCUCGUUGAUCUGUCUGUGAAAAGUCUUCGUUGUACGGAAGAAGUCUUAGAAGGGAUACUGACAGAUAAAGAUGCUAUAACUGGCCCAAGUGUAGGAGAGCCUUCUCACAAACUAAGCGAAUCAGCAGAGCCCAAAGGCUGUCUGCUUCCAGAACAACUCCUUAGUCAAAAGGAGCCAUCAUACCUUGAAGACUUUGAAGGAUCCUCUUCCAGAAAACAGGCAUCAGUUGAGGAAACGCUCUCCGGGGAACGCUACAAAGAUGACUUUGAAGCAUCUCUUCUCUCUCCUAGUGGGGAUGCUUGGUCACAGCACACACAGACCAGCAGAAGCAGAUCCACCAGCCUUGGCAGUGAUGGCGAACUCAGUGAAUGGCUCAGUGACAGGUCUCUCUCCCUCUCUGGCAGCGUGCCUUCAGAGAGGCUAUUAGAACUGAAGUCCCCGACAGAACUUAUGAAAAAGACUGAACACAGAGACGUGGAGCAAAACCGGGCUCCUGCGGAAUCACCGCUGUGGGCUUCUGUUUCAAUCCGAGAAGAAACGGAUGGCUUGCCAAAUUUCAACAUUGGUGAUAGGGUACUUGUGAGUCAAGUCCAGCCCGGAACAUUGCGAUUCAAAGGUCUGACUAAGUUUGCCAAAGGGUUUUGGGCUGGCGUGGAGUUGGAUAAACCUGAAGGGAACAAUAACGGAACUUACGAUGGUAUUAAAUAUUUCGAUUGCAAAGAAAAGCAUGGUAUUUUUGCUCCUCCUCAAAAAAUCUCUCACAUUACGGAAAGUAUUGAUAGCCAUUUAGACACAAAUGAGGAUGAAGACUCAUUCUUUGAUGAUAGACUGGAGAAGCAACACAAACCUAGGGAGAAAAACAGAGGAAGUUCCAAACCUAGCAAAGAUGAUGAAAGCCAGAGCAGAGAGGCAACAGAGAAUUAUUCCCAGGAUAAAGCUCCUGCAGAAACAGCUGUUUCAGAAGCCUCUGCUGAAGAAAGGGUUGAUGAGGAGUUUUCUUCUAAACCCAACAGCAUGAAGGAGAUUUCUGUAGCUACUGAGUCGCUUGCCCAAGAACAGUCAGUGGUGGAUUAUCUGAAGGAUGCUGUGAAAGAGGAGGCCAGCUUUUCUGGUGUUGCGGAUGAGAUUUCUGCUGUUCAGUUGGAUGACAUCUCAGAUUUCCUUUCUGAAAAACUGGAGAGGCAGAAGACAUUGGGGGAAGAAUGUGAUGAAAAGUUGGAUGAUCUCUCUCCUGGAGUUGUGGAGAAGCCUGCAACUCCACUUCUGGAUUUGCUGACAAAAGAAAAGAACCAGUUAGAAGCUCAGCUUAGACUACCGCUUAGAGAGGAAGAAAAGUCAAAAGACCAACUGGAGAAGGUCAGCUUGCUGACAGACAGUCUGCUUAGAGAUUUUGUGAAAGACACCGUCAGUCAGCUGCAGCAAAUAAAGAAGGUCAGGAAUGAGAAAAUCCAACUCAGCAACCAGGAACUCUGUGAUGGGAAGGAGGAAUCUGAUACUCCAUCCCUGCAGGUAGAAAAACGGAUUCCCGAUGGACUGAAUAACUUUUUCCUAAGUUCUGAUUUGGAAGAUGAAAGAGAAGAACUUUCCUCACCAGACAUGUGUCCCAGACCAGAGAGUCCGGUGUUUGGUGCCAGUGGUCAGGAAGAGCUUGCCAAGAGACUGGCAGAGCUGGAGCUCAGUCGGGAGUUCCUGAGUGUGCUGGGAGAUGAUCAGGACUGGUUUGAUGAGGACUAUGGCCUGAGUUCCCGUAAGGUCCAGCAGAAGCAAGCGGAGGAACCAGCAGUGCUGCCCAAGGUAGAGCCCCAGAAAGUGCCGACGAAGCCGUGUGGGGAGCCUCUGGCAGUCCCUCAUAGCGCCGUGGAGGUGGAAGGUAUGGUGCACGCAGCUGCUGAGGAACUCUGGAAACUGAAAGAGCUGGGUCAGGAUCUUCAGAAUUACAGCCUUCAUACAGAUCUGAGCAGUGCCCUCAAAGAGCAGGACACAGACACAAUAAACAAGCAAGUUUAUAAAAAGGUGGUAUUUGAUUUAACAAGAGAGAUCUUCGGGGAAAUCUUUGCUGAGGAUCCUAAUCUAAACCAGCCUAUUUGGAUGAAACCGUGUAGGAUCGCAUCUGCUUACUUUCGCCGAGUAAAAGAUCCAAAUGAUCUGGAUGAAAUCAAGAGCUUCAUUGCAGCUGAAGUACUGAAGUUGUUCAGCCUAAGGAAGGAGCCGAAUCACAAAACAGACUGGCAGAAGAUGAUGAAAUUUGGGCGGAAGAAACGAGACCGAGUGGAUCAUAUACUGGUGCAGGAACUUCACGAGGAAGAAGCGCAGUGGGUGAACUACGACGAGGACGAACUGUGUGUAAAGAUGCAGUUGGCAGAUGGGAUCUUCGAGGCCUUAAUCAGAGACACUGUUGACGUACUGAACCAGAUAAAUGAGAAACAGCGGAGACUGCUGCUUGUCUGA